AUGCGGUACCUUAUCCCUCUUACCGCCCUGGCCCAGAUGCUCCUUUCGGCAAUGAUCUUGCACUUCCUGAAUAAAGGGUUGAGUACUAGGGUUAUCAAGAUGAAGGAACAUCCAUACUUUUAUGUUUUCUGGCUGCAGUUCUUGGGGGUAUCAGACAAGGCAGGUCCUGGUAUUUGGAUACCCACCAGUAUUGUUGAUAUAGUCCUGGAACUGCAGCGCACCGUCACUUCGACGAGUGAGAUGAAUGACCCCGCCCUUGAUCUCUGCGAGCUGGUCCUUCAGUGCCUCCUUUGUCUGUCACUAAGAAUUGCCUCGGAAGAUUGGGAUAAUGCCUGGUUGGCCUCAUCCACCAUCGCCAUGACCUUUCUUGCACCCUCGAGUGUCUUUUCUGAUUCAGGAAGAGCAACAAAGCGGGCAAUGGCUGCAAUUGCGUCCUCAAUGAUGGUACUGCUGGAGGUCACCAUAGACGAAAAUCAAAGAACGGGUGAAGGUGGUCGUAAAAAGAUGAUGGCAGGUUCCCGAUUGCGAACUGCUUAUGAAAUAAUGACCUUUAACAUUGGAGGAGAUUCAGCAUAA